UGAGAAAAAAAAAAAGGAACACUGAAACAAAGAGAGAGACAUGGCCACUGAAGGAGAAGCGACGUUCUCUGCGGCGGCUGCAACGUCGAGCGAGGCCGCGAGAGGUAUAGGUGGCAAAUUGAGGCGGCAAACCGCGAGGAGGCAUCCGGCGACGCCGUAUUCUCGACCGCCUCAGAACCAGGUUCAACGGAGGCCGUGGAUCUCGAGAAUCGUAGAUCCUGCUUAUCGGAUUAUUUCCGGCGGCGCUACGAAACUACUCCCCUACUUCUUCUCGAACCCAGCCUCCGCUCCUGCUCUUACACCUCCGGAAGAUCAAAAUCAACAUCAAGAUAAGUUGCAGGAAGAUCCACAGGAGAAUUAUCCCAGUAUAACACCAAGUUUAAAUAAACCGGAGUUAGCACCAAUUGAAGAGGGAGGUACUAGUAGUACCGCAAAUGUGAACGAAAGCAAUCUCAAUAUCAGUGCACAGACAAUAGGCAAAGGAGCUUUAAAUGAUGUCAUUGCGAUCUCGGAGCUUGAAAGGCUAAUGGAAGGAAAAACGUUUUCACGGUCGGAAACUGAUCGUCUCAUAGAGAUAAUAAAUUCAAGGGCUAUUGAUCGACCUGAUGUCACGAGAGACGAGAGAAUAGAGAUUCCUCUGAGAGAGGAAGCCAAGAAAGAUAUGAGUUUUCUUGAUAAGGGAAAAGAGCCCAUUGGUGGCAAGGAUGCUACUAGUGAAUUUUGGGCUACACCAAUCCCACUUGCCAAGUCAAUAAUUUUUGACGAAGGCAAACAGGUGCGGGAUAAAGCUGGUCUAUCACCGGUAGAACUCGCUAAGGCAUAUAUGGGAGGCCAGGCAUCAUCAAGUACGUCCCAAGGUUUUGUAGCAAGAAACGGAAAGAAUUGUUUCGACGGGGGUAUGCUUGUAGCAAAUUCUUCAGUUGCAUCACCAUCAAGCAAGCCUUCCGCAUGUUGGCCUGGUGUCAAGUUAAAUGAGCAAUGUGGUUUUGCAACUCCUCAAAGCCAACGUGAAAGCUAUGGGCUUCAAAAUUUUCCAAGGACCCCAUAUCCUAGAUCCAUCCUUUCAAGUUCUAAGUCACAGUUGAUGCAAUUGCAAGACAAUAGUAGCAAGCGCCUGAGCACCCUCCAGUCUCCUUCUCAUAGUGUGCAGUCAAGAUAUGGCCAGCUCAAUCUUAGCAAGGGAAGGGAUGGUGGACUUUUUGGACCCAGUAGAAGAUCUCGCCAGAGCGCGACGAUGUCUCCUUAUUCACGACCUUUCAGUGGUACAUCUCGUUUUGAAAAAUCUGCUGUCAUGAAGAGCUCUGAAGCAGGAGAAUCAAGUAGCCUAUCUAAGUCCCAGACAACAACUUAUGGUAGGCAUAAAGGGUCAGAAGUUGGUACCCCGACUGUGCCUGCACAUUCUCGUCAGAUUGCUAGGACGAUAUUGGAUCACCUUAACCGGGCUCAGCCGCCCACCCCGAAAAAUAAAUCUGCUGAGUUAAAGCUUGCCACUUCUUGGAGACAUCCACAGUCUUCGAUAGAUGUUGAAAAAAGCAGCUCGAACAUCAACAAUGUGAAGAAGGAUGUCUCAGCCAAGUUGAAUGAAGAUGUCCUGAACGUUUUUUCUCAUAAUUCGCAAUCCUCUGCGCCCAAAGUUUCUGCAGUUACCACCAGUGACUCUCAAAAUGCAAUGGCAAAAAGUGCUUCAGCAUCAAAUGGAAUAUUUAGUGGAAGCAGUAGUGGUACCGCACUCCAAAAUGAGUUAGGGAAGCCUAAGGGAUCUCUUUCCGGAAGCUCACAUGAAAAGUUGGUCGCUUCUUCUCAGGACGCUACAAAAGCUGUUUCCUAUACUUUUGGAGGCGAUUCCGGAAAUCUCCAUAAACCACCAUCUAAUUCACUGGGAAAUAAUAAACGGGUGCUUCCAUCGAUCUCAGUAUCCAAGCCUUUCCAAUGGGCAGGCCCUUCGGGUUCAAACGCUAGCUUCACAUUCCCGGUCUCUUCAUCUGAUGGAGCAACAUCAUCGGAGCCGACAACUCCAUCUAUCAUGCCAUUCACAACAAGUGCAGCGCCAAGUGGUGGUCUUGCCAUUACAAGUCGUCAUGAAGCAACAAAAGAAGAUGAGAUUCCUCAGUUUGGUUUCGGCGGUAAGAGAGGAGAUAAGCUGCCUCUGGUGUUCGCUUUUCCCGCUACGAGCGAAGAAUUGAUCAAUGAGGAUGAUGAGAAGUUAGGUAUCAAAUUCACAUUUGGAUCUGAAAAGCCAGAGAGAAUAUCGUUCAGCUCACCAGGAAGUGAUGGUGUUUGCUGUUAGAACAAGGACGACGGUCUCUGUUUCAUUUUUUUUUUUCGUUUUCCAAUCUUUUUGUCAUGAAGAUUUUGUUCCUUCGGGAGAGAUGUAAUUCGUGAUGCUACUUUUCUGAAACUCCUAAGUUUAUUGAAGUCAUUCCCAGUAUUCAAGGAAGUCUUAAAAGAGUGAAAAUAAAGAACAAUGUACACGAACGCGAUACCU